GGCGGCCGGCCGGCCGAGCACUCGAUAAUAAAGCUCGCGUGCUCGGCCAGGCCUGGCCACAGCCGAGCCAACCACCCGCUUAGCGUCACCCCGCUACAAAACACCGCUUCCUGCGGUGCCCCCGAGCCAAAAUCGCGGGACCGAAGCCAAUCACACCAUCACCCGGGCUCGCAAUCGCAUCGCAUCCCCCCUCCGCUCUGGCUGGCCGGCCGGCCACGCGCUUUGACGAGGCCGCCGCCAGGUAGCGGCGCGGCGCUGAUAAAAACGCCGCGACCUGGUGCCUGCAGCUCCCACUCUUUCGGUUGCUCCGCUCUCUCGCCACGCGGCUUGCGUUGCGUAUACAACCGCGAGUCCGCGACGAGGACGAGGCGGGCGCGCGGGCCCGGCGUCCCCCAGCUCGGCUCGAGCUGCUCGAGCUCGGUGGUUGGUCUGCUCAGGGAACUAGCUAGCGAGAAGAGAAGAUGGCGGGGGCCCCGGGCGAUAGGGAGCUGCCGGAGACGCCGACGUGGGCGGUGGCCCUCGUGUGCGCCGUCAUCGUGCUCCUCUCCGUCGCCAUGGAGCACGGCCUCCACAAGCUCGGACACUGGUUCCACACGCGGCAGAAGAAGGCUAUGCGGGAGGCGCUCGAGAAGAUCAAAGCAGAGCUGAUGCUGAUGGGGUUCAUCUCCCUGCUCCUCGCCGUGGGGCAAACGCCCAUCUCCAAGAUAUGCAUCCCUACCAAGGCAGGCAGCGUCAUGCUACCGUGCAAACCCAAGGACGACGGCGAAAGCGGCGGUGACCGCCGCCGGAGGCUCCUGUGGUACCCUGGAGAAGAGGUCAACCAUCGUAGGUUCUUGGCCGGCGCGGUUGGGGAAGACUACUGCAAGGAAAAAGGCAAGGUGUCCCUGAUCUCCACGACCGGCGUCCACCAGCUGCAUAUUUUCAUCUUUGUGCUAGCGGUGUUCCAUGUCGUUUACAGCGUAGCUACCAUGGCUUUAGCGCGUCUGAAAAUGAGGAGAUGGAAGAGAUGGGAAUCAGAGACCAGCUCACUGGAGUACCAGUUCGCAAACGAUCCUUCAAGAUUCCGAUUCACAAACCAGACAUCGUUCGUGAAGCGGCACCUGGGCGUCUCCAGCACACCUGGAGUCAGAUGGAUGGUGGCAUUCUUCAGGCAGUUCUUUGCUUCGGUGACCAAGGUGGAUUACCUGACCAUGCGCCAAGGCUUCAUUAAUGCUCAUCUGUCGCCCAAUGCUAAGUUCGAUUUCCAAAAGUACAUCAAGCGGUCGUUGGAGGACGACUUCAAAGUCGUCGUUGGCAUCAGCCUCCCGCUGUGGUUUGUCGCCAUCUUCAUACUCUUCAUGGAUGUCCAAGGAUUCGGCACGCUUAUUUGGAUCUCUUUCGUCCCACUCGUUAUCCUCUUGUUAGUUGGAACCAAACUAGAGAUUGUCAUCAUGGAGAUGGCCAAGGAGAUACAGGACAAGGCGACCGUGAUCAAGGGGGCGCCUAUUGUGGAGCCAAGCGACAGGUUCUUCUGGUUCAACCGGCCUAAAUGGGUCCUGUUCCUCAUACACCUGACGCUCUUCCAGAAUGCAUUCCAGAUGGCACAUUUCAUCUGGACACUGCUCACCCCAGGCUUGAAAACUUGCUACCACGAAAAUUUGGGACUGGGCAUCAUGAAAGUUUCAGUGGGGUUGGGUCUCCAGGUCCUCUGCAGCUACAUCACCUUCCCUCUCUACGCACUUGUCACACAGAUGGGCUCGCACAUGAAAAAGACAAUCUUCGAGGAGCAGACGGCGAAGGCGGUGAUGAAAUGGCGCAAGGCGGCCAAGGACAAGGUGAAGCAACGGGAGGCUGGGUUCGAGGGGUUGAUGAGCACCGACACGACGCCGAGCCAUAGCAGGCCGACGUCGCCGGGCGGGGGCAGCUCGCCGGUGCACCUGCUCCAAAAGUACAGGGGAAGGUCGGAGGAUCCCGAGAGCGCCCCGACCUCGCCGGGGAGGGGGCAGGAGCUCGGGGACAUGUACCCGGUGACCGACCAGCACCGGAUGCACAGGCUAGACCCUGAGAGGAGGCGGGCGGCCUCGUCCACCGCCGUGGACAUCGAUAUCGCCGAUGCUGAUUUUUCGUUCAGCAUCCAGCGGUGACUGAACGAAUUUUGUGUAGCAUGUUUUUUUUGUCUUUUCUUUUGUAUAGCAAUUAGCAAAGCAUAGGAGGAAAUAUUAACACGUUAGGGAAGGUUUGUUUAUUAAAAAAUAAUAUACAUGUAAUAAAGUGAGUAACUUCGUGCAACAGAUCCCCUCUGAAGAAACA